AUGACUCGAGUGAAACCGCCUCAGGCGGAUGAUGUGACGUCAAUUGUGAUUGAAAACGGAUCCACUUGGACCCGUGUGGGAUAUUCAGGUGAUGUGACGCCCAAACACUAUAUUCCCACUGUUUACGCCAAGGAUGCUGACGGCAAGCACUACUACGGGGAGGAAGUCGAUGUUCCAAGGCCGAAUACUGAUAUAUUUUCUCCGAUGCACGAUGGAUGUGUGCAGGAUUGGGAUGCCAUGUCGAGCUUCUGGAAGUGGAUCUAUUCUGAUAAAUUAUUUAUUGAGCCUAACGAGCUGCCUCUUGUAACGGUCGAGCCUUCGUGGAACUCGUUAGCGAACAAGCAAAAAGCUUUAGAAGUGGCUUUUGAGGACCUUCAAGUACCAGUAUUCUCGCUAGUCAAAGCUCCUAUUGCUACUGCCUAUGAAUCAGCCCGUCCCACUUCGCUGAUUAUCGAUAUUGGCAGUGCUGUGGCCAGUGUUACACCAGUCAUUGAUGGCUCAUUAGUGCCUAAAACAGUGUUCCAUUCACGAUUUGCCGGCGAUUUCGUCAAUCUUCACAUUCUGACAUACUUACAAACGAAAAAUAUCACUAUCACUCCUUCAUAUUUGGUCAGAAAGAAGUCGGUAUUAGACCCUGGCCAGCCAGUCUCGACUCCUGAUCUCUACGAGUACCCCGAUAUCAAACCGUCUUUCCACGCUUAUCAAACAUCCAAGGUCUUACACGCGUUUAAAGAGACCACAUCACAAGUGUCGAACGUGCCAUUCACAAGUGCUUCACCAUUUGCCCGUAUCGGACGACCUUUUGAGUUCCCCGACGGGUUUAAUAUGAUCUUCGGACCUGAACGUCUGACUACAGCUGAACCAUUGUUAAAACCCACACAGUUUCCACUUCCACAAGUGAAUCUGCCUGAAAACUCUGUUGGAAGUGCACCUGGCAACACGAUCAUGCACGGACUCGGCGACCUGCUGUACCUCAGUCUGUCGAAGCUGGACAUCACUCCCGAGGUGCUCAUUACCCUUCUCAAUAAUAUCAUUAUCUGUGGAGGUACCUCGCUGAUUUCCGGCCUCACUGACCGUAUCAAAGAAGAAAUCCUGCACAUGUUCCCUACCUACGCACCCCGAUUCUACAUUCCCGAGCAGGAGUCGCACCGUAAAAACGUCGUCUGGACUGGAGCUUCAGUCCUGGCCGGACUCGGCACCUUUGACCAGACCUGGAUCACUAAACAGGAGUACGACGAGUUCGGUGCUGAGCUCGCUGAAAAACGAUUUAAAUAG